AUGGCAGUCGCCGUUGGGGGCGAGGAAACGUUGUAUGCGUUGCGACAGGAGCUGAAGUUGUUGAGGGAUGAGUAUCAGAGUGUGCUGGGGAGUUUAGAGCUAGCGAGUAAUCAAUUACGUUUGAGGAAUCGGCAAUUGGAGAGGUUUCAAGAGACUAACGACUACUGUCAGAAGUUGUUAGGCCGGAACAGCCGUCUUGAGCUGGAGAUAGCUCGGGUGCAGGAUGAGAAUGAGUCUCGAAUCCGAGAGUAUACCGGUCGAUUGCAGGGCACGGAGGAAGAGAAAAGUUCCCUUCGGACACAGGUGUUGGACCAGCGAGAACGUGCGCGGGAGUUGGAGCAUUCGCUGAUCGAGAUGGAGUUGAUAAAGAAGAACAACGAGCGUUUGAGGAGUCAAGCCGCAGACCUGUCGAGUCGAAUGUCAUUGUUGAAGAAGGAGCUUGAUGAAGCGACCAGUGCUCGGAAGGCGGCCGAGGAAGGGGUGGGAAGUCUAAAAGAUGAGUACGAUAAGCUUCUGAGGAUUUACACGUCUCAACUGAACGCUAUUGGAGAGACUUCUGAGACAGUGGAAACGGUGGCCAAAGAGAACAGAUCUUUAGUGCAACAGGUGUCUGAGCUGAAGGAACGGUUGGCUGAUCGUAACACUGGUUUCCAAAAACAGCUAACUGAACUGGAGAUGAAAUACGCCGCGGCGGAUUCUCUCGCAGCUAAUCGAGGACAGCAGUUAGAGUUGAUUGAAAGUCAGUACGAGAAGCUGUGUGAAACUUUGGGUAUUCUUAAGAGUAAACUUGCGAACCAGGACCAAGAUAAAGAAUUGGAACGUCUUCAAAAACUAUUGAAUGACCGUGAAUUGGAGUACCAAUUGCGUAUCAGUGACCUUGAAAGUAAGGCUACUGGACUAGGAGAAAAACUGAAGAGCUAUGGUGAGAUGCAUGCGGUAGCUGGGAAGUUGGUUCAGCGUAAUACCGAGCUGGAACGGCUGGUAUCGGAGCUGUCAGAUCCGAAGUCUCAUUUUGACUUGGAAAAGUUGCGAACCGAAAAGGAGAGCGCGGAGGCAACGGCUAAGCGUUAUGCGAAGGACAUAAAAACUCUGGAGAUCCAUCUUGCAUCUAUGAAGAAGCAGCUGGAAAAGACUGGAAGUAUAACCAGGGAGGACGACGAAGAGCUGCGCCUGGCGAUUAUUGAUGCUUUGAAAGAAGACCACAAAAGAGAGAUAAGCGAUUUGGAGCUGGAGUACAACGAGGAGCUUCGGCGUAUCCGGAAGUUACAUCAAAACGAGAUAAACAAACUGAAUGAGGUAACACAGGAGGGACGUAUUGCUUUACGAGAGCAGAUUAAACAGGAGCUGGAUCGUGAGUUCGAAGACAAGGAGAAGAGUAUGAGGGAAGCCUGUCAAAAGCUGGUGGACGAAGCUAGAGUGGAUAUGGACAAGAGGCUUCAUCUAUACCAAGAGAAGGUUGAUGAGCAUCAUAAACAGAUUCUGAAUAGUAUUGAAAGGCAAAAUAAACAUCGUAUCGAUCAACUUAAAAAGGAAGCCACUGCUGCACGACAGCGAUACGAAAGCGCACUUGCAUCCGUGGUCGCCGAAUCUGACGUUAAAAUGGCUGCCGCUGCUGAGGAAAUGGAUCGUCAUUUACGUGAUAAGGAUGAGGAGAUACAGAAGAUGCAAGCAUUAUUAGUUGCCGCUGAGACUAAACAGAACAUUGAACCAUCCGAAACAAAUAUUCUUAGACUACAACUUGAACAACUUAAGAGUGAGAUGGCAAGAGAUAGAGAAGAAUGGUUGACGGAAUAUAAUCAUAUGAAGAAAAAAUAUGACGAUCUUUUGCAGAAACAACUUGACGAAAAGGAAAUGGAAAUUGAACAACUAAAAACAUCUCCGGGUCGUGGUGGUUCAGGGCCAGCGAUAGCCAGAAUUGAAGAACUGAUAAAGCUAAGCACAAAUGCUACUAAUAAUCAGUCAAGAGAGUUGCUUGAAAGCUUACAAUCGAGUAAGCUGGAUUUAGAAGAGAAGAAUACAUUACUUCAGAGGAAUAUAACAUCAUUAGAAGAAGAUAUUACUCUAAAAGAAAAGGAAAUUGAUUCAUUAAAAAGAUCCAUUAAAAGAAAUUCAUUGAUAGCAAGUUCUGGUCAAAAUAUCCCAUCUAUGAAAGGUAUCUUGAAAAGGAAUGAGGAAUUGGAGAAGAAGCUGACAGAAUUAAGUGAAAGACAUCGGGAAGAGAUUUCAACAAAAAUGAAGGAAAUUUCUCACUUGAGAGAUACUCUUCGCACACGUGUGCGAAAUUCUGAUAGGAAUUCUAUUGAGGUUAUUGAAGUUGAGAAGCCUGAGACUAGAAAAGUUAUAAGUCAACUUCAUGAUAGGAUUAAACGUUUGGAAGAAUCUCGUGCCCAGCUUGCAUCAUCGUUACGUUCCAGUCAAGGGGGAACUGAAGGUCGUCCCGUGUCUCGUACUCUUGACGCUACCGAAAUGAAUCAUGUCCAUCAGAAUCUCCAACGUCAUAUUUCCGAACUUAACAAAACUAUUGAAGAAGGGAAUCGUCUUCAAAAAAACUCACAUCAAGCUUUAUCUGAAGCCGUUGACAAGAGGGUUGAGAAUAUGAAACUUGAAGGUAUGGUUUCUGCUUUGCGGGCGAGAUUGGAAGAGCAGCAGGAGAAAGUUAAGAUGAUGGAAGAGGAAAUGGAUAAUGCUGCUAGAUCUGUUUCAAGCCCUGUGAUUGUGGACAAUAAAUUGACGUCAAGAAAGGAAGAUGAGUUGGCCAUUGAGAAGCACCGACUAGAGGAGACAUUGGAGCAUAUGAAAACAUUAUUGGCAACUAAGGAGUCUGGUCUGACGCGAGAAAUUGAAAAUCGAAAUGAGCAAAUGAAUAUCAUUGAAAAGACUAAUUCGGAGUUAUCUAAAGCAUUGGAAUGGAACAAAAAUCUUCAAGCGCAAUUGAAGGAUUCAUUUGAUGUUAGUCCUAGAGUAAAUUUUGAGAAAACUGAGCAGCUUUUAACUACCCUAGAAAGUGAAAAUUCUUCAAAAGCGGAAGGAUUCCAAUUAGAGAUUUCUCGUUUGCAAGCGUUGAUUAAGGAACGUGAAUUAGACUGGCGAAGACUGAAAGAAGAUUCUGAUGUGAUUCAAGAACAGCUAAGAAUCACUAGCAUUGAGAAAAUGGAACUUCUUGAUAAGCAACACAAUCAAGAAGUAUCUCGUCUAAAAAGGGAAUUAGAGAACCGGAAGGACGUAAUUGACGGUUUGACUAGAGAGUUGGAGGAUGUUCGGAAUAAUUAUCGGCAUUCUAAGGAAGAAGGUGAAUUACGACUAACUGAGCUUGUUCAGAAAGUGUCAUCUCAUUUUAGUCAGCAGGAGUUGCUUAUAGCCAGGAUCCAAGAAGAGAAGGAUAUAGAUACGGAGAGAAUGAAACUUGAGAUCCAGGCGUCUAUUGAGGCGCAGACAGCGCUAGAAGCAGUUAUUCAGGAAACGCGUAAGACAUUGUCACAAAAGGAGGAAGAAUUGAAGGAUUUGUUGGACCAAUUGCGCGUUUUGGCUGAGGAGAUGACAGGAGAUUCUAUUUCGGAUGAGCUGGACGUGUCCAAGAUUCGAGAGGAAUAUUCCCGUCUUGCUAACGCCUUGACAGAUAGCCGUUCCGAAGUUAGCCGUCUAACUUCGUACUUCGAGCAACUUAUCAGAAAACAGGAACAGGAGGUCAUUUUCGCCCGACAACAACAGAGAACUCUCGGCCAGUGGGGAGACCGACUCUCGGCCGUUGAGGAUGGGAAAGCUAUUGACUCCAAGCUGCUGCAGUAUAAGGGGGAUGUUAGCAAGUGUCGCGCCGAUUUGGAGAGGUAUAAUCAGGUGGCGGAGAAUAUGCGCCCUCUUAUCCAAAACACUCUCGAUUCUCAUCUGCUUACUGAACCUAUUCAGAAUCUCCACACCGCCACUGACCACAUCCAAGAAGCACAAAAACAUUCCAAAACUCUCUUACAUCGAGUUCUCAACGAUUCAUUCGGCUCCAAAACAUUCAGCUCUCUAGUGACCAAAGUGCAAUCGUUUGUUAACAAUACCAGCGAUAUGCACACUUCAAUAACGCGAACUUCAACAGGUACAUCUCACUCCAUCACUGUUACCAUACACUCUUCUGCCACACAUCUUCUUGGGCAGUGGAAGAGGACAUUGUGUCCACCAAACGAAGCUUAG